CUAUCAUUCUCUCAUUCAGUUCGCUAAUUCAAUUUCCGGAAUUACCAAUUACGAUCUCAGCAACAAUCCCCUCCCCUCCCUUCAAUUCCAAUUCCAGAAAUCAACCAUUACAAUCAUCCGGUAGCAUCGAUUCUCACUCAAUCCCAACUUCAAUCGUCUCUUCUCUCUGCUGUGAAAUCGAAAUCCGAAAAUCCCUCUUGAAAGAGCUUUACCUUCAUCCCAGAGAACAUCACCUCCAAUGCUUAUGAAGCACUUUGUUUCCAGCGUUAUUCCAUCAUUGGGAUUCUCUUCAUCGUCAAGACAUGUUCUUAAAACUGGGGAUGUUUUAAAGCAAGCAAGGAUUUUUUCAAAUUCUGAUGUUCUGGAAUAUUCAAAGUUGAGCCAUGACUUAAAUCCUUUGCAUUUUGAUCUCGAGUGUGCCCAGAGUAGUGGAUUUGAAGAUCGACUUGUUCAUGGGAUGCUUGUUGCUUCCUUGUUUCCAAGGAUAAUUGCUUCUCAUUUUCCUGGAGCCGUGUAUGUUUCACAGAGCUUGCAGUUCAGAUUGCCAGUGUACAUUGGAGAAGAGAUCGUUGGUGAAGUGCAAGCAACUAACAUAAAAGAGAUCAAGAACAAGUAUCUGGCAAAGUUCAAAACAAAGUGCUUUAAACACGGCGACCAAAUUGUUAUUGAUGGUGAGGCCACAGCCCUUUUACCAGCUCUAGCUCUUUAGCACGUGCAAUCUUAAGAGAAGUCCCCUUUAGCCUUUGGUGAGGCCCCAUAUGGCACUUUUUAUUGAUUCUUCUUUCCGCUAAAUUGGGUUGGUACUAGGAGUUUAUAAUAAUUUUUUUAUGUAAUUCGGGUUUAAAUCGCUUUGAAGUGAAUUUAUAUACAGAUAAAAGAAAAUGGAAGAUAUUUCUGAUUUAUUCUAA